UUUCUUAAGCUUGUCAACUCUGAAUUUUCUUCCUUAAAUAUUUUGACAACUACAAAACUCUACUAACUCUACUGAAGAGCAGUUCUGACAUAUGAAUUCACUUAUAUCUCGUAGCCGGUUAAUUUUUCGUGCAAAUUGGGCAUUUCCGUUAAACGCCAAAAUGUCAAGUGAAGUAGAGAAGGCUCAAGCUGCACAGCCAGAAGCCGAUAGCAUAUUCGGUAAAAUUCUGCGUGGAGAAAUUCCUUGUAAAUUUAUUCACGAGGAUGAUAAAUGUGUUGCUUUUCAUGAUGUUAAUCCACAAGCACCAACACAUUUUUUGGUCAUACCACGCAAGCCCAUAACUCAACUUUCCAAAGCUGAUGCAGGCGAUUCUGAGUUACUUGGACAUUUAAUGUUGGUUGGUCGUAAUGUGGCAAAAACUCUCGGCUUAGAUGAAGGCUUUCGUGUAGUUAUUAAUGAUGGUAAAAAUGGUGCUCAAUCUGUUUACCAUUUACACUUACAUUUCCUUGGUGGUCGCCAAAUGCGUUGGCCACCAGGCUAAUUGUAUGAACUUACAUAUUUCUAAACAUUUCUAAAAUGUUACAUGUUACAUAAAAAUACAGAUGUUGAAUAAAAUUCGGAUAUAAAUAAA